AUGGCACUCUGUGACUCCUGCGACUCCAAAAUUGUCGGUGAACGCUUUAAAUGCACUGCAUGUCAAGACUUUGACUACUGUGCCGGCUGCUACCAAGAUGCAGAAUUGAUACAUCCGGGUCACGAUUUCAAGACCAUUGAAUGCGAACCAGCUGGCUCGUCUUCUUGUGACGAUUCGAAUUGUUCCGGCAGCUCUGGAAAUCCCCAAACUCGGACUCCGACUAGGUGUCGCAGCUGUUUUCCUUUAUCUUAUGGGCUGCCAACUUUAUACUUGAUUUACGAACAGUUCCAAGAAGACCACCGUCGAAAGUUAGAAGAGGGCAUGACCAAGAACAUCACGGAUGACACAAUACCGGAAGAUCCAGAGCUCAGAGAGAAAAUUGCCGCGGAGCUCUAUCACCGUACAGAGCAGCAGAUUCCAAUGGAUUUUGAGCAUUUCAAGAAAAUCCCAUGGGACAAAAUCUACAAACAAAACGAAGCGCUAUAUAUUGCGGAGAACGGUCCAGUGCAAGGCAACGACGAUACGAUCGAACACGAGGAUAUGAGAAGGCUGGGCAUUGGCGUUGCCGAGGCCUUAAUGGAGAGUCUUGGAUCGUACGCUCCCAUCUCUCACAUGGAAUACCAGAAUGAGGAGGAAGAUGAAUCGGCCCCACAGCAUAAAAAGCAAUUCCCACUGCCCUCACUCACGUGGGCAGUGAGAAUCUCAAGACUUGUCGAAGCAUCACAAAGGGGGUGUGAAUUUUGCAGCUUUUUUCUCAAUAAAGUUUUUGUGACAACAUACUUCAGUUGCCCGGCAGAUAUUUAUGGCUCUGGCCUUAAAAACAGUUGGUACACCAACCCCGGAGGAAAUAGUGCCAGACGUGAAAAAGCCAUCUCCGAUUGCAUGCAGAAGCUCACGAAGCUGAAGCACGACAGCUUCCUGUUCGCUGUUUUCCCCAUAUGCUCAAAGAAGGAUUCGAAGUUGCCUGAUUUCAACAAACUUCAGUUUGGCUUAAUAGAGACUGCCGAUGAUCAUGAUGUGGUGAAGGAGAUUCUCAAGUACUCAGAGAUCUGGAUGACGAAGGGACAGGGCCCUAAUAUGAUGGAGUUUCAAGUGAAUGUGUACACCACUAAAGCUGCAAUUGGCCUGAGUAGCCGAACGCCCAACGCCUCCCCCGGGUCAGACAAUGCUUUCAACUUGAUCAACGAAUGGACAACAUACUGUAAUGAGAAUCAUAAAGACACAUGUCUUAGAAGUUCGGGAUUUCAGUCAGACUUGCCCAGACGUGUUAUUGAUAUCAGCAACGGACAAUCUCUAAAGCUAUAUGAGCCUCCCCGUGGCGAGAAAGGGAUUUACACUGCUUUGAGUUAUUGUUGGGGCGGGUCUCAAGCAUUCCAAACGACAAUUUCAACACUUGAUGCGAUGCGGCUUGGUUUCGAAAUGUCGAUGCUGCCAAAAACCAUGAGAGAUGCUAUUCUCGUGACCCAGAAGCUUGGAGUGAAAUACAUCUGGAUUGACUGCCUUUGUAUUAUCCAAGAUAUACCGUCAGACAAGUCAUACGAGUUCUCGCAGAUGGCCAAGACCUAUAAGGGAUCAUAUCUCACAAUAUGUGCUACGCGGGCAGGAAGUGUAGAUGAGGGGUUCCUCAUUGACAUGGCCGAUAAAUCGACUGGACUCUGGAAGGGUCUCAUUCCACUCGCCUACCGUCUACCUGACAGCACUGCAACGACAAUCGAAGAGGCAGCCUCAUUGCCAGGCUCUCAAAUGGGCAAGAUAUGGUUACACGAUGACUACGACGAUUGGCAAACUAGUUUCACUUUUCCAACUACACGUCGUGGAUGGUGCCUUCAAGAACAGCUCCUUUCGCCAAGGUUCCUGUCCUACGGGAGGUGGCCUACCUUCAGAUGCAGAAAAAGUACUUUUGCAGAUGGAGGAUACUACUACUCCCCUGCAAGCAUCCGCGAUGCGACGGAAACCUUGGAGAAUCGUAUGGUAGACAUGCUAUUUGAUUCACCUCAAUCAAGCAAUCUCUCAUCAGGGUUGGACAUGUUCAGCACGACACAACUGUACCAAGCCUGGUAUGCAUUUAUCCACGAUUAUUCCAGACGUGAAAUUGGCCGUCCCUGUGAUAGGUUACCUGCUAUUGGCGGCAUUGCAGCGGAGGUCUCUCGACUGACGGGUCAUCGAUACCUGGCAGGACUUUGGCAGGAUAACAUUCUGCACGACUUAAUGUGGUUCACAAAAGUUCACGAAUUGUCUCGUCAGACACAACAAUGGCGUGCACCUUCAUGGUCAUGGGCCUCGGUCGACUGUACCGUCUCAUACGGCAAUAUAACAGCUGAUUCAAAGCCCAUGGCAACCGUGAGGAAGUGCACAGUCAUUCUUACAGACUCCUCCUCACCCUUUGGUGAGGUCUCCGAAGCAUCACUCGAGAUCAAAGGUCUUUUUACUGAACUCAAGACCAAAAAUGUGAAUGAUCUGCUCAAAAAACAAUCCCGCGCCCCGAUCCGUCGAAAGAACGGCGAUGGAGCUGAAUGGCAUAAGUUGAUGACGAGACAUGGCAUAGAUGUCCAUGGCGCCAAUGUGGUGAAUCGCGAAACCCAUGAGAUUAAGGAAGAUCCCCCACUUGAGGGUCAGGUCUAUGGGCUUAUCAUGUUUACUCGCGACUGGAGAUUGGAUCAAAAGGGAAACAAAGUGAACGAGCUCUGCUAUUCUGGGCUCUUCUUGCAGAAAGCGAAGGACUCAUUAGGAUAUCUGAAACGGGUUGGUUCUUUUGCAAACGAGGCAGAACCGUGGCUGGAUCAGAAACUGAAUCCAUGGAAAGAAAAGUCUGUUGUCAUAGUUUGA